CCAUCACAUUUAAAGACAAAUGGAAUGGUGAAGUCGGCAACUUGUCUAAGUGUAGCUGGAAGUUAUUUUGUAUAGACUGUGAAGACAGCACGAAGCCGUCCAAGAUGAUGUCCAGAAGAUGGUUCCACCCAAACAUCAGUGGGGUGGAUGCCGAGAAACUGCUGAUGGAGCGAGGGUUUGAUGGAAGUUUCCUGGCUCGCCGAAGUGAGAGCAACCCAGGAGAUUUCACUCUGUCUGUCAGGCGGUCAGGGGAGGUUACUCACAUUAAGAUUCAGAACACGGGAGAUUUCUAUGAUCUGUAUGGUGGAGAGAAGUUUGCAACGCUUGCAGAAUUGGUUCAGCAUUAUAUGGAGAACCAAAGUCAACUGAAGGAAAAACAUGGACAGCCAAUAGAAUUGAAGUAUCCUCUCAACUCUGCAGACCCAACAACAGAGAGGUGGUUUCACGGUCAUAUAUCUGGCAAAGAAGCAGAAAAGUAUUUGAACGACAAAGGGAAACAUGGAAGCUUCUUGGUUCGGGAAAGUCAGAGUAAACCAGGGGAUUAUGUUUUGUCAGUGCGAUGUGAGGACAGAGUCACACAUGUCAUGAUAAGAUGCCUUACACAGGAGGGGAAGUAUGACAUAUAUGGUGGUGAACAGUUUGAGAGUUUGUCCGAGCUUGUGGAGCACUACAAAAAGAACCCUAUGGUGGAAACCUCAGGCACAGUUGUUCAUCUCAAGCAGCCAUUUAAUGCCACUCGGAUUAAUGCGUCUGGUAUUGAGAGUCGUGUUCGUGAACUUCAGAAGGAAACAGGAAAACCUGGAAAGGAAAGUGAUAAGGAGAACAAGGGAAAAGCUGGCUUCUGGGAAGAGUUUGAGCAACUGCAACAACAAGAAGUGAAACACUUAUACAGCAGGAAGGAAGGUCAGAGGCCAGAAAAUAGGCCAAAGAACCGAUAUAAGAAUAUCCUCCCAUUUGAUCACACCAGAGUUAUCCUGCGAGAUGGGGACCCUUCUGUGGUAGGAUCUGACUACAUCAAUGCCAACAUCAUCAGUUCAGAAGAAGACUCACUGGAGCCCAAAAAACUGUACAUUGCAACACAGGGCUGUCUGCCCACAACAAUUGAUGACUUUUGGCGUAUGAUAUGGCAGGAAAAUGCUCGUGUCAUCGUCAUGACAACCAAAGAAGUGGAGAGAGGAAAGAACAAAUGUAUGCGGUACUGGCCUGCACCAAACACUUGCCGUGAGGUGAACACUUUCACUGGUAAACUCACUGUAAAACACAUUUUUGAGAAGAGUGAGACCGAUUAUUCCCUGCGAGAAUUUGAAUUGAGCAAAGAAGGCUGUGAGAAUGAUGUGCCGAGAAAGAUCUACCAGUUUCAUUACAUGAUCUGGCCAGAUUAUGGUGUUCCACUUGACCCAGGUAGUGUUCUCAACUUCCUACAGAAGGUCAAUGACCAGCAGGAGGCAAUCCCCUCAGCAGGACCAGUCGUCAGCCAUUGCAGUGCUGGGAUUGGUCGAACUGGGACAUUUAUUGUUAUCGACAUUAUUUUGAACCAAAUAAAAACAAAAGGACUGGAUGUGGAGAUUGACAUACAGAAGACAAUACAGACGAUCCGGUCCCAACGGUCAGGAAUGGUGCAGACAGAAGCCCAGUAUAAGUUUGUCUACCUGGCUGUACAACAUUAUAUAGAGACAGAGCAGAGGAGGAUACAGGCAGAGCAUAGAAGCACUGUGGCAGGGAGGGAGUAUACAAACAUUACGUAUGCGAAUGUGUAUGAAUCGUCUAGAACAGGGGGAGCAAACUCUGGAACACUUCAACCUCCACCCAGGGCAGCUCAAAAACAGGCUAGAGAUUUACCAAAGGAACCUGAAGAUCCAGGGAAAAUGUACCAAAAUUUAGGCCCCAUCAAUGGAAUGAGAGGUAGCUCAAGGAAAUGAGCUGGGUGCUAUAGGAAAACAAAGUGACUGAACACUGUACAGAACAGUUUCUGACAGAAAAUCUGCUUCGCUGACCAAAGUCCUUUUUUUUCUUUGUGGUGGAUAAAACUCAGCUUCUGCAUGGACCACGCUUACCUAUCUCUGUUGUGACUAAGAUGGUGAGAGGAACCAGCCUGAACAUCAUGCUGACAACUGUAACAUUUAUCUGUGAUCACUAGAAAUGCCCUUUUUCUAUACGUUGUGAUUAGAGCAAGUUAUCGGCUUCAUGAAGAGGACUGAUCAGUCCUCUCUUUGGACUCUCAAAAUUUGCAUACUACAUGUGGUAUUUUUAGCACUAGCUGUGAAAGUUUACCUUUCAUACUUGCUGCGAAUAGUUAGACCCGUAGUUUACAUGUAUUUGCAAUUUGCUGCAGCACAUUGUUUUUCUGUCUCACUGAGAACGUUUACCAACACUGGGUCUCUUGGUUAUGUCAUACAUGACGUGUGUUCUGAAGAGUUCUUUGAAAACAUAGCCCAACACAUUCACAACUCAUUGUUGGUCACAGAUUUUAUUGUCGAUGCUAGCCCUUAUGGACAGAGUAGCAAUGUCUUGUAACAUCCUAACCAGGAUUACACCUGCUUCAUACGUGAGCUACUGGAGAUGCUACAUAUAAAUCUGUGUAUUAUGACAUUCUAAGCGUCUAGUCGCUGUAAGAUUGUGACAAAUUAAGUGUAGUCUCUGUAAAACAGAGACUGGCCAGGUGAUGGAUAGUUUGUUUUAUGGAGAAAGACUGGACAUAUGUGCACAUAUGUUUCAGCCGCUAAUUUCAGCUCUCAGUGGUACAUUGUAGAAAAUAUAUUGUAGAGUUGACCUUGAAGCAGAGUAUUUGAAAUAAGUACUAUCAUUAGAAAUUCAUUAGAGGAAAAAUUUAAGGUUUUAUUCUUUUCUGGAAAGAGGUUUGUCUUGCACUCUUGUAGUAUGACAGAGAACUGAUAUAAACAUCAAAGUGUCUGUUACUUUACCCCAGUGAUGUUAUGGUACCCCAAAGAUUUCUUGUAGUAUCUCUGAAUUAAAGUCUCUCUUUUAACUUACAGUAUCCAAGUGAGCUAUUAUACAAUUCAAGUGGGCUGUUGUAAUAUCUGAAAAAGACAUACUGUCUUAGUGCAUUGUUAUAGUAUCUGCAUGAUAUUUACAUUGUCACUGGUGUUAUACAAUAUCAGCGGACUGUUGUACUAUUGCAGUGGACUGUUAUACUAUCUCAGUGAACUGUUAUAUCACAUGUAUCUCAGUGGACUGUUAUGGUAUACAAGUGAACUGUUUUACAGUUUUACUGAGAAGUGUUUUCCCCUUCUGUUUUAAAAGACUUUAGCCUCAAAUGACAAAGUUUUCUGAAGUGAAGAAGGCCAUAAAAGCCAAUGCCUAUUUUGAUCUCCACAUAUUAUUGAUGGUACUGUAGAAUUAAGGUAACUAUUGAAGUAAGGCCCUGCUGAAUGAAGUAUUUUUCAAUGGCAUAAUUGUAAUACUGCUACUGUGCUAUUAAGUCAUGAUGGUUCAUUAUUGAUUCAUUAAAUCAGCCAUUGAAUAUUUUAUUGCGGUUUGUGUUCAUGUUCAAAAAGAUAAAAGGGAUAGCGUUCAUAGUUGAUACUUCUUUAUAAAAUGAAACUUUUGCUAAAGAACAAUGUGUGCUUUUCAAGAUGAAACAAUACGAUUUGAUUUUUUUUUUAUUUCUCCAAAUAUUUACAUUAUGUCAUGUGAUGUGACAUGUUGAAUGGAAAUGGAAAUAAAAACCCUUUUUUUGAACUCGAAAUUUGAACUAUUGUGAAAAUUAAUAAUUUUAAUUCAAAUGUUAGCAGCUUAUAACAAGAGUGUACAUUAUUAACCAAGCCACCAUGUCAAGUAGGUAUAAAUUAAGGUUUUCUUGAAGCAGAUAUGCCUGGGCAUUCUUAAAGAUUAUGUGGUAAUUUAUUUCAUUGCCUGAUGGGGCCUCUGCAGUAUGCUAGAGUGGACCUGUAAAGGGACCCUCUGGAAUAUGCUAGUGGAGCCCUCUGUAAUGUGCUCGAGGGGGUCUCUGGACUAUGCUUGUGGAGCCCUCUGUAAUGUGCUCAAGGGGGUCUCUGUAAUAUGCUAGAGGAACCCUCUGUAAUAG